AUGGAAGGAGAUUGUUUGAGCUGCAUGAAGUAUCUGAUGUUUGUCUUCAAUUUCUUCAUAUUUGUAAGUAUCCUUGGAUUUUCCGUCACAUACCACCUCUUUCAUAUCUCUGCUUGUGAGGUCAGUGCUGGCUAUACUGUGAUAGACUUGCUUCAAUACAGAAUUGCCCUUCAGUUUCAUAUAUAACAGCAUCUGAAACAUACAUAACACCUCUCAUCAUAAGCUGCCAGGACACUUAACACCCCCAUGGCUUGGUAUCACUGAUAAGGGGAGUGGAUACUGUUCUUCUAACAAUUAGUAAGACCUGUGAACAGAUCUCUAGACAAGAUUUUCAAGCAUUUAUCCAGUCACUGGCUAAAUUGGCACUGUAUAGUUUAUUAAAGUAUGGAAUAUAAUUACAUCAUGUCUUAGAACUUCUUCUUCCAACAACCAUAAAGUUGCAUAAAGAGCAUGCUAACCCUUUUGUUGAUCAUUUCUAAGCCAAACUAACUAACACUAUUAGAAUGGUCAACGUAGCAAUAGGAACAAUAAACCAGUGUCAUACGGUGUCAAGAGUUUCAUGCUAUGAAGAAAAUUGCUGAAGUUCAGCUUCCUGUGAUGGUUGUGUUUUUUGUUGAAGAACGCACCUCUGGAAACACACCUAGAAUAAUAAUAAUAUAUUGUGUAUCUGUACAGUUUGUAUAGUACAGGUGAAUCAUUUUGGCGGGCAGGGGAAACUUAUUAUGUCAGAUUUAAUAACACGGGAUAAAGAAUGUAUUAUACAGGUAAGGGACAGUCUAGCAGCCCUGCCAAGCCCAUUUUUAUAUCUCAAAAUGAAUGAAAGCUUUGCAAAGAUGGGGCCUAUGUCUCUGAUGUCCCCGAGGUUGUCCUAUUGCUUCUUCCAUGGAUUCUACACAGGAAAUAAUUACACAGGAAGAGCUGAGCUAUAAAGAAAACAUGGGUGCUUCCUUGCUAUAAAUAGCCCAAAUAAUGAAAAGUGUGUGUGAUUGUGUGUGUGUGUGUGUGUGUGUGUGUGUGUGUAUUGGUGGGGGAAAUUGUAGGAAAUGCACACUGUGAAAAAAGUAAGCUUGCAUGGUAGAAAGCUAGCUUAGUCAUGCAGCUAUUGUGUUGGUUAGAUCUCUUAGCUGGGGAUGAACUCACUGGAGGGAAUCUAGAAAGGAACUGAACGUCUUUAUCUGAAAUAUUUCCCUUUUUGGCAGCUGGGUGGUACAUCUCUACUGGGAGUUGGAAUAUGGGUCAUAGUGGAUCCCACAGGAUUCCGAGAGAUAGUGGCUAGUAAUCCUCUGCUCUUCACGGGGGCAUACAUCAUGCUGGCAAUGGGAGCAAUGCUCUUCCUGCUGGGGUUCCUUGGCUGCUGUGGAGCCAUCCGUGAGAACAAAUGCCUCCUUCUCUUUGUAAGUACUGUUGGCUCUUUCAUAUGUGGUUUUCUUUUGUAUCUGUCUGCGUGGUAUGGAUAGCUGAUUAGGUAAUACUGGUACAGAUUGUUUUGCACAUCCAAUUGUUUGCAAACUGCAGUUUUUGCACAGUUGACAACUAAAGGCAUUUCAUCCUAAUCUGCAUGCAAGUUCUGCUGUACAGCUAAUGAAUUGCUUGUUGCAAUCACUUAUAAGUAAUAAUCAUAACUACUUGAAAAUAAACACUGCACCUAUCUUGGCACAACUACCGAGGGGUAGAAUUUAAUGUGUUCAUAAGCUAGUACUGUUACACGUGCAAGAAGAACAUAUAGAUAUUUUGAGCAUGGAAAGCUAGUAGCCAUUUUGCUGCCUACAUAGGUAGAUCUUUUAGGUUAACUUUGUGUGCAAGCCAUUUCAAAUUAAAACUCUGAAGAAGGUGACGAAAUAGCAGGAAAAGGUAAAGAGAUCUGUAGUGUGCUUAAUUUUUGUUUGUUGUUUGUUUGUUUUAUUUUUGGUUUGUUUUUAAGUGUAGGGUUUUAAAUGUUUCAAUUGCAUUUUUAAUCGUUAUGAGCAGCUUUGAGGAUUCUAGUAAAAAAUAAACAUUGCAGAACUCCCGUUGAGUAGAUAUGAAUAUGGGCUCCAGAGUCCAAUUGUAGCCUGAUAAAUAACAUUUAAUCUCAAAUAUUGAAUGUUAUUUGGGAGGGGGAAAUUGUGCCUGCAGCUAUGAAUAGUGCUAUAGGAUGGUUCAGGCUUCUAACAAGCUACAGUUCCCAAAGUACAGAUGUAGUAGGGAAUUGUGAUUUGCUUAAGAGUAGAUGCAGAAACAUCUGAUCUCCUCAUUGCAGCUGCAAAAGAGGAGACAAUGAGAAGCACAUGAUAUAAAACUUUGCUGCAACUCAUUCAUAUAGUGGGAAAUCAUAGUUUCUUGUUACAUCUGGUCCUGUAAGUACUUUAGGACAAAAGGACAUAAAAAGAACCCUGCUGGAUCAGAUCAAAUGACUGUCUGUUCUGGCAGUCUCUUCUCACAGUGGCCAACCAGUUACAAGACAUCUCACUCAUGUUUCCCAGCCACUUCUGUUCAGGGGCAUAACAUCUAGCCCAGUUGGUUAGAGCAUAGGACUGAUUAUGGCAAGGUCCCAUAAGGGCUACCUGUAUAUUCCUACGUUUCAGAGGGUUGAAUUAGAUGACCAGUGCCUUCCAAUUGUAUGAUUUAAUGAUCUCUGAUAACACGUCACCAUUGAUAGCCCUAUUCUCUAUAUUUUACCCCUAUAAAACCACCUGUAUUUUCAUCAAGUGUGCAUACACAAGUGCUCCCAUAAGAACUUUAUACCUUAUCUGCACCCCCAUUUCUCCCAUAUAUCCAUCAGCAUGCACUAUUUAAUCAGCCCUAGAGUCAAGAGUAUGAAGUCCCCCUUUGUCAGCCUUCUUCAAGCUGCAAGUGAACUCCAAAAAAGUAAUCAAUUAGUUUCUAAGAAGUCCUUAAGGCACAAAACUCUAGUGCGACUGUGGCCCACAAAGUUUGCCAUAUCACAUUUGGGUACAUGUGGAAAGAAAAACCUAAAGGUGUGGAUGUGUGCAUGUGCACAUGUGUGCACACCAUCUGGGUCAAGUAGAUUUGGGUUUCAUUAUAAUGUACAUUAUAGCGAUGCCAUACAUAAUGAAAGGAAGCCUGUGAUUGAAGUGGAAAGCUGCAACAUUUUUGUUGUCCUAGUUCCCCACCCAGCCACCCUUCAAUUUGCCUGUUAUCCUAUACACCUGAGGGCGUGCGUAAUGGCUAAACUUUUCAUUUGGUACGUCAUUUUAUUCGGUAUAAAAUGGGAUGGAAAAAGUUAUAUAAGAGUUUCCCCCCAGGGACAAGGACUUCCCAAAUGGAGGUUUCUUCCAAAGAGGGAGUGAUGGGAAAGAAUUGACUAUGCAAAGCGAUUUAGUGUGUGACUUGUGGAAAUAUUGGCCUGGCGAGAUUUUCAUAUUUCUUCAGGAAGUUCAAAUGAAGUGGCUGUUAACUGUAGCUGGGGUUGUGGGAGAAGUAUUACUUUCAUGGACUGAUCAAAAUCCAAGUCCUCAUAUGAAGUUUUCAAAAAUAGAUGAGCCAGAGGCUUCCUGAGAGAGAUUUUGCAGUGAUACAUAAUAAAUGCCUAAAGCUUUUAGCUCAAGUGUAAACUCAAGGCAAGCGUACAGCAUGGGUAAGAGACAAGAGAGAAACAUGCAUCCCAAGGGAAGUUCUCAAGCUUCUUUCUGCUUAGAGAUUAUUUUUCAUGUUAUAUUUUUAUAAGAAAUGUUGCAGUUGAAUCUGAUAUGUUGCAUCAAGCGUCAGGCUGUGUUGUGCUUCACAGCCCCCAAAGCUGUUGUUCUAGCAGUUGAUCUUUGCAAGGUUGUGUUUUUUAAAAAAAAGCACAAAAAAACACUGCACACUGCUUGGAAGACUUAGAAAUGAGCUUGCUGUGAAAUACCCCUAAAGCCAUUUCACUUGCUGCUUGAUAAAAUAGUGGGGUCCGCGGUGUAUAUUUGAAUUUUGGAAGGCUACAAAGGAGUAUAAAUCAGUCUUGGUGUACCCCUAAGAAAUUCCUUUGUAUUACGAAUCUGUCCCUUCCUCUUUCUCCACCCACACUGCAACAAAGGUAAAGGGGGGGGGAGAACUAAGUACUGCUUGAUCUAAUUUUUACUGAGGACCAAACUGGCACCAGGGGGAACUUUCCUCUCAUUCAGGUGGUUAAUGCACUCAUCCCCCUGGCCGCAGUGCCAGUCCUGUUUCCCCAAGCCAGCAGCUAGACAAGGGCAAAUUAUGUGAUGAGUUUCAUGUUUAGUUUGACCCUCAAAACAUUCCAGUAUGCAAGUUACGGUAUUAUUUGCAGAUACAGAUGGGGAAAUGAGGCUGAGAAAGUCUUCUCCCAUACCUUUGGAUAAUGAAACUGUGGAUGGUCUUUUUCUCCGUGUGAGAGUGUGGUUAUUGUUAUUGUUUAUUACUAUGUUAUGUUUUGUGUGUUUUUGUGUUUUUAUAUUGUAAACCGCCCUGUGAUCCUCAGAUGAAGGACAGUAUAGACAUUAAAUAAAUAAUAAUAAUAAUUUGCCCAAUGACUCUGGGGCAGGAAAUCUAUGUCAAAGUGAUGGGAGCAGGGAGGCCUUGGCAGGGAGGCCAGAGAGUGGAGGAUUUUAAGUGAGUUGGUAUGAUCAACAGUGAAUCCAUAUGAUCAGCAGAAAGGUUUGUAAAGUAAAGCCUUGCAGUUUUGCAGUCUGGCGUGUCCUUGGAUGUUUUGUUGAUCUAUGGAUUUGGCAGAUUUCUUCCAGUGUAGCUGCAGAUUUCCUUUGCAUGGCAAGGACAAAUUCCUCACUCAGCUUGAUUUAUCGUUUUGAUUAUUUUGAGAGAUUCUGUCCCAGCUGUUUGCUGUAGAUGUACAGUGAUUUGUCUGCCUUUCUUUUUCUCUCUUUCAGUUCUUCAUGUUUAUUUUGCUAAUCUUCCUGGCAGAACUCUCAGCUGCAAUCCUGGCUUUUAUCUUUAGAGAAAAUGUAAGUAUUACGAUGUCAGCAUGCUACCCUGCAGAUUUUGGUUCAGGUGGACUUCAGGUUAGAAGGUUAUAAGCUUGCCGAGUUGAUAUCUGUUAGGAUGGCAGUGGACCAUUUUCCCCAUUAUUACUCCUGGUCUGAACAUCAUGCAGUCACCUGUUGAAUGCAAGCAAAAGAAACUUGUGUCAAGUAGAUGGUUUAUGUGUAGAGGAGAUAACAUGCCCCCCAAAGGUUUCCAGAGUUAAGGAGCUUAUGCCGGCUCAUACUUAAAAAAAAAUCAUCCUCAUUAAAAUUGAAUUAGCUUUAGUUUCAUAGAUCACAGUCAAAAUUAAUAACAGUUUGAGAGGUUAAAAGAAUAUAGCACAGCAGGAUAGGAAGAAGUAAAUUCAUCAUAAGUUAUUUCAUUGUGCCAGUAUGAAGAAUCUGUCACAUGCAUGCUUUUCCAAGUCUGCAGUGCAAUGCUUAUCUAUCCAGUACCACCUGUAGUGAAAACAGAGCUUUAAAUCAGCUCAGAUAGACCAAACAUUCCUUUAAUAAAACUGCUAUCAUAUUUAGGCUGCCAUUUUCCUCUUGUCUAGAGGAUGGACUAAGCUGAUGCCCUAUCACAAGUCCAUUCCAUCUUUAUUUGUGUGAGUUUUUCAAAAGAAUGCACAAAAAAAUCUACGUUUGAAAUGUAUGCAUUUGUAUGCAUUUCUUAUGUAAAACACACACUUUUUACUUAUAUGUAUUUCAAUGCAUUUUCUUCAUAAAAUAUGUAUGCUUAUUGUCCAUAAAACCCAUAUUUUUGUGCAUACCUUCUGCUUACUAAAGCUGAAUUGUAAAAUCUAACUGCAAGCAAGUUCAGUAGUGCAGAUUUACCCACAAUUCUCUGUGAUGCAAAACAAAAUACAAAAAGAGACAACUACACAUUCCUAAACAAAGGGAUUGGGGUUUUUUGCUUUUACAUGGGGGGGGGGGUCCUCGGUUGGGGGGGGGGAGACUUGGAGCAAUGACCAAAGCUUCCUAGGAACACCCACUUCCUUAGAAACUCUACUGUAAGUGUUGACUUGCAAUAUAGGCAAACAUGAGAUACUUCUUUUUUUGCUUUCACUUGUUUUCUUGUUGCAAAUGUGAACACAGGAAACCCACAUUUACACCUUACAUAGCCAAAGUUAGCUGGUGUGUCCUGGUGCGACUUCAGUUGCUUUUGUCCAUUGUUCUAUUUGGCAAAUUCAAUUUCCUGCAAAAAAUUUGCUUUGCUUUUGUAUUUUGCUUUGUAUUUAUUUGGCUGUUUUCUGGCACAAAUCUGCAGCCUCAUUUCUGUGUGUUUGGGUUUUUUGUUUUAAAAAAGAAGAGCUAAAGAUAGAGACAUUUAGCAAAUAAACCUGUGGGAAUGGCAGAAAAACAAAGUUUUCACUAAUAGGGUGAGAAUGAGAAUGACACAAAGGAGCCUGUGGACAGAAACUUUGGCAUAGUGUAACUCAAUGCUCUAUAAACACAGGGCUUGCUUUUAAUUCCCCUGUGUUUAAGGAAGUAGGUGGUUAGAUUUUUAAAAACAUUGCAAGCCCCAAGAGCCCAUUGUGUUCUGUAGUAAGCUGCAGUGUAAGCUUCCAAGGGGUAUUUUGGUUCACCGCUGUGGGAGCUUGAAUAAUGGUGUGUCUUAAACAUAUACCUUUCACUUGAGGUUCAAGAAAACGUAAGAUUUUUCCCUGUGCAUAUAGAAACAUACAUACCUGCAUAUAUAAUUUUAUUUGUAUGCCACCUUUCCUCAGUUCAAACCAUGCUCAAGGUUGCUUACCACAUGAAAAAAUUGCAUAACAACAACAUAACAAAAGUAGUCAUAGUAAAUGAAACAUUUUUUAAAAAAUACACAACUAAGCCAAACCAUUUCCACAUAAAUCACAAGGGCUAAAAUAAAGAUACAAAAAAAUCAGCAGCAAUAACCCCCAACCACAACAGCCUCUGCCAAACAGCACCCUAGCCUAAGAGUCUGGGCAGCAACCUCAGCUUUUGUAGUUGGAGUCAGUCAAGACCCCGUCCUCCCAGGCCAGAUGGAAAAAGGCCUGUGUGAAUAUUAAACCUUCCAUUCUAGUCACUCUUCAUUUUUCUCUGGCCUUUCUGAUAUCAACUGUAUGAUUCACAGAGUUACCAAUGAGCUCAUUCUCCUGUUCCUUUAUUCUGCCCAUAUCACCUCUCCCUGCCUCCCUCUUAGAUUCUUUCCUUCCAAGAUACAAGUUUUGGCCCAUCUCUUUCUCAAGGACUCUGCAAAUUCUGCAGCUCCCUGUUGCUAAUUUAUUGCUUUCUUAACACCCUUUGUGCUGGCUAAAUAAUUGCCACUAAUAAUAAUGACACAUAGUAACAUUGUUACUAAGCUUUCUACCAUCAGUUUGGUGCUUUUUUAAUAUAUGCAGAUUUAGGAAGCUGUUGUUGCAGGUUUGUGUGACUGAUUAAACACAUAAAUUUGGGAAGACUCAGUGGUAAAGCAACUACAGAAAGUCCCAUUUUCAAUCCUUGUUAUCUCUAGGUAGAAGUAGACAUUCCUGCUUGAAACCCUGAAAAGUUGCUGGUCUGACUCAGUGUAAGGCAGCUUCCUAUGUUUCUAUGGGCUGUGGAACUGAAUUGCACACAUUACUUAAGUUGUACAGUGGUCACAAUGAAAUCCAGUAGCUUGAUCUUGUGCAAAAAAAUAAGAUUGUGGUGUUGCAUCCUCAACAGGGCUCAGAUAUGUACCUUUAUUUCAUUUUGCAGUUGGAACCCACUUCCAAUAUUCAAUACUUCCCAUUGUUUGUCAGAACAGCCCUGAGAACCUUGGACUUACUCCCCACCCACAAAUAUUCCCAGUUCUUUGUUCCAUCUUGCAAGUUUUCUCUUCAUGUCUCUCCUGCCAUAAUCUCUCCUGUCCUCCAGCUGUGCAUUGCUCUGAGGCUUCUCUUGACCCUCCAAAGUAUAUUUGGGGAGGACAUGGAAAGAAAGGGGCUCAUUGCACUAGUGAGAAUUGUUGAGCUGGCUUCCACUAGCACAAUCAUUUAGCUGAACAAGAACCCUAGGGGCUUUUUUACCCCAAAGUAGAGUUCACAUUCUAUUGCUUAUAUCCUCUUGUUAUUAAUACAACCCACCAUGUCUCUAGGCUCAUGAUCUUGGAAAGUGUGCUUCUGUUCAUAACAUAUGUAGACACUUGUGUUUGGGUGCCCAUGCUAUCAGGGACAUAUGUUAUUACUUCUGUUUCCAUGGCUUUAUUUCCUUAAACAAUAUGUACUUCGCUUUGUGACUUAGAGGAAAAUGUAUUUUCUUUCCUUUAAAGAUCUUCAAGAUCUUUACCUAUAGUAAUAUAUUGCAGUAUUUCAGUUGGUUGCUCCCGUUAAUGAAUCUGUUGAAAGCAGAACAAUCAUCUUUCUUUUCUUUUUUUUUAAAAAAAAAGCCUUUUACUGGUUUGACAGGACUAAUUGUAGUGUGUGUUUUAUACAGAAGAAAUUAAUGAGGGAGCAAGUAUAGAGUAACCUUGCAGCAGACUUAACAAGGAUUUAACAUCGGUUUAAUUUUUCCCAAAGAGGCUAUGUUUUCACCAUUAUUAUUUUUUUUAAAAAAGAAAAGACCUUAAAAUAAGUAAAGAAGUGAGGUUUAGAAAGUCAAUGCUGAAAGAGUCAUAUCUGUCCAAAGGUUAGAAGGAAAUAAUGUCUCUCUUCUCAGCUGGUGUUCUCUGCAAUUGAACAGAAGGGAAAGAACUGCACUUUGUAAGGAGUUUUAGAUACCCCAUUUCAAGUAGCACAGGCAGGGAGAAAGCGUAAUUGUGUCUUGGUGGCAACAGCUAUUGCUCUAUAAAUAGCGACCACUUCCUGGGGAUCUGUUGGGGUCUGGUCAAUACUGCUCUUGUUUUCUGAAUUUGUUGAAUUCUUUCAGGACAGCGCAAAUAGAAGACCUCACACAUAGUAGAGGAAAACCACACACUUGCACAAGCUGUUACGCUACACAUUUAGGUAUCAGCAGUCCAGGUGUGCAUGUUUUUCUUUCCGUGUGCCUAUGAACAAUGGGGAUAUGCUUUCCUGUGAUUGUACAGUGUUUUUGAGCAUGUUGCAGUAUUAAGGGAGGGAAACCAAAAGAACAGACUAUGGGUGUGGCUGUGCAAACUAUCCUUCAGGCACAAGCAGCAUUCAUUUCUUGCAUCAAGCUCACCUAGUGACCUCACAACUCACAAAGUUUUCAACGUAUGCCUGUACUUGGCUGGGUGGGUGUGAUACUUUAUGGCUGCAGGGAGCCUCACUGAGCAUUCUGAGAAGCAUAUUCUAGAAUCAUUGCAUUUUACAAUGGCUAUUGCGGCACCCUUAGUGGUCUUUCUGAUAUUAGCGCUGUGGCCCAAGCAUCUUCUGCAACUUUGCAAAGGACUAUGGAGCACACCACUUAGAUCACAUAGUCUCCACUGACUCUCCUAAAUGUAUUGCUGCCCCAAGUAGUGUUCCUUGUGUUCCUACUGUAGUUGAGCCAGCCCAGUCUGCCAUAUUAGCAGGGAUGCUAGCAGGACAAGUAGGACAUGUGCUGCCCAUGCUAUUCUUAAAGGUAAAAGGUAAAGGGACAACUCUGGGGUUGCGGCACUCAUCUCACUUUACUGGCCGAGGGAGCUGGCGUACAGCUUCUGGGUCAUAUGGCCAGCAUGACUAAUCCACUUCUGGCGAACCAGAGCGGCGCACGGAAACGCCAUUUACCUUCCCGACGGAGCGGUACCUAUUUAUCUACUUGCACUGCAUGCUUUCGAACCGCUCGGUUGGCAGGAGCUGGGACCAAACGACGAGAGCUCACCCCAUUGUGGGGAUUUGAACCGCUGACCUUCCAAUUGGCAAGCCCUAGGCUCAGUGGUUUAGACCACAGCACCACCCAAAAUAUAGGUCUUUACUUGGCUAUAAUUGGGGUACCAUAUCAGGCUGCGUUCAGGUAGGGGGAACCUGGAGAAGAGACUCUGCAGAAGGUUGCAUAUGAUCAUAGGAAGCUACCUCAUACAGAGUACGACUCUUGGUCCAUCUAUCUCAGUAUCGUCUACAGUUCAGAAUCUAUACUGAGUGGCAGCAGCUUUCCAGGAUUUCAGACAGGGGAGUCUGCUUGGAGAUGCUGGGGAGUGAGCCAGAAAACGAUCACAUGUAAAGCUGUGGCCCUUCCCCAUCAGAUGUUGUGGGCUACAACUCCCAUCAGCUCCAGCCAGCAUGGCCAGUGGUUGGGGUUGAUAGGAGGAGUAGUUCACAACACCUGGAGGGAACCACAUGAGCUAUCCCUGACCUAGUGACAAUAUCUUGGUGCACAAUGCUUCCUUAAAAACCAGCAUAAACCUGUGAGGUGGGAAGGUUUGUUUGGAGGGCCGGGGUGGCCAGUUGGCCCAGAAUUACCAUUUGAACACCCCUGUGUUCACCAUCCCUUUGGUUCAGUGUCAAGUGCUAAAUCAACUAAGUGGGUGGAUAAAUAUUUCCUAAGAUAAAUAUUUGGAGUGGUGGUGAAGAGGUAAUGUAAUAUGUUUUGGCCUACUGUUACUUCAGGCAGCCGAGCCACAAUAUGGUGAUGGAGGUAGAAAGUUGAAGGUAAUUAGUUGUGCUGAAGUAACAGAUCAGAGUGAAAGGAUAUUAAAUAUCCUGGCAAGUGUAGAAAUUAUUUCUUUGAGUGCUGCACCAUUCCGUGUAGAUGCAGCCUCUCCGCACUUCCUUAUUAGCUUAUUGGCUUGUGAGGUGGUAUUAUGCUUAAUGCUCUGCAUAGCCCGUCUCCCUCUUGAGACAGAUAUAAUUGAUAGACGCUUCACUGUCUGCCUUAUGGUGCAACACAACUUUUCCUUGUACAACAUCUUGUGUCCAAAGCUCUCACGGCACUAUAUGGGGUUAAAUUAUAUAGUUAGAGGUAAAUAAUUAAUAGCAGAGGGGAAAGAAGAAAUUAAGAACCACAACAAGGCUUAAGAGAGAUGUUAUCUGCUGAGAUUUGAAGUAGGGCAGAUAGCAGUGAAGCAGACAGGCAAGGAAUCGGUUUCAAAUGGCUGAAGCUGUUAGAGGAGAAGAUCCUUCCCUUGAAUAAAGCUUGGAGGGUUGGAGAAGAGAACUGAGAGGGGAGCAGCGAGGGAGAGUCAGCAACAGUUGAGAAGAGCUCACAGUUUAGAGGUGUAAAACAAUGUUAAAAACAAAGUGGUUUUCAAAGUGAAAGAGCAAAAACCACUAUUAGAAGUUUAGAACUUGAGUCUUAUUAAAAAUGAAAUGAAUGGUGAGGCUGAAGACUUGUGGUUGUUGAUACACCACCACCAGCACAGAAAGUGAUGUUUUCUCCUCUAAAGAGAUCACGGGCAAGUCUCAUAGUAAGAGACAGGUGAAAGGUUGUUCUCUUACAAGUGACAGCACUACAACAAUUGCUGCUAGGUGCUAUUUGUCAUGUGUGAGGCUUAUCGAGUAGCAGCUGGAGGCUGCUUUUCAUCAAUAACUGCCACAACUUACUAAAAUACCUCAUUAGGAAGAUCAGCAUAUUAAGGUGGUGGAUGUGCUCUCAAGUGGAAGAAGAUAAACAAGCUUUGUAGUAGCUGUGGAAGAAUCCAUUCUUCCUACUCUGCUUAGAUCAGUCUGGAUCCUUUUGAGAGAAAUGACCUUCCCCACAUCAUGUGCCAAAUGUUGCCUUUCAGAAAGCUCACAAUAAUAGCUAUAUGGCAGGGCGAUGCUACUCCAAAUUCAUUUCAGCUUUCAUAGCAGUAGCAAUACCUGCUGAAUAACUUUCCUGCUGUUUAACAAUUACAGGCAUAGAUGUGCCCUUCAGCGCCUGAGGUCAAGUUCAUAUUGGGACUGGCAGUAGUUCUUUUUUCUUGUCGUUUCAAAAUUUACCUGUUCUUAUAGUUGGGAGAGAAGCUGCUUUCUUUAUCACCUCCUCUCCUCACCCCCUUCCUUCCUUCUAUAAUGUAGGAGCAUCCCAAGCACAAGGGGAGUUUGGGGAGGGGAAGGGAAUGAGAAGAUGGGGAGGAAGGUUUUUCUCCCUGCUGCAGCAGCAGGCAGUUAAGGAGGUGGGUGGGGGAUCCCAUUUUCUCCCUGGGCCCCCAAGCAGUUCUUCUUCAGCUCAGCUUGCAUUCCAAUCUGGAGGGAGGUCUGCUUAGAAUACACAUUCCAAGAGUGCCAAAUUUGUAUGCUGACAUAGGUAAUUAUGAGACUCAGCAGCAGCACUACAGAAUGCUGCAUCUAUUAAUUCAAGUAUUUUUAUGCAGUAAGGAUAGGACACAGAGAGACCUUCGCAGCCUAACACAAACCUCUAAUAAAGGAGAGAAACAGUGCUUGGUCAGUACUACUGAUUUUAGACUGGUUUGUUUUAUGGAUUUCUUUUAACACUGAAAAUAAGCCAUGUGACUUAUAUUAUUAACUGCCUCCCGCCCCCACCUUUGUCCAGAUACUUGGAACAAAGUAAAAUGUUAUACUAGUGAAAGGAAGGAGUUUCUUUUCUGGCCAAUAAGCACAAUCCCAGCGCUGGGCUUUGUUUUAGGUCAAAUCUCAUAAAAAUCACAAACACAAACCUCAAACAUUUCCUUUGGGAUCAUGCCUGUCAAAAUAAAGGUUUCACUUUAUAUUCAAAUGACUCUUUUGUUUCAGAACUGGUCAAAGGAAGCCAAUUGGGACUAUUACCAACUGUAAUAUUAGUUUCAAAGUCUGCACUUAGGAAACAGACAAGCAUCAAUAAAAAGUCUGGGCGGCUGUCUCCGCAGGAUGGGAGCCUGGGCGGGUAAAUUAUGCAAAAGAAGGGAAGGGAAACACAAUGCUGGAGCACAUGGAGUGGCACCUUUUAACCCCGAGGCCCCUGACGGUGCUGCGUUAUUUCCCCGGGGAGAAUCUCCAUCCGGCCUGACUAACAGGCAUUUCCACUCGAAGGGAACACGGCCUCUUCCCAUUGGAGUUGCUGGAGGUGUAGCUUCAACAAGCCCACUGUGACUUCUGUGAGGUCUGCAGGAUUUCCAUUAAUUUUAGUAAUAAAGUUCCAGGGAAAACAAUAUAAAAAGUAAAAUGACCCCCCAGUGUGUUGGUAGCACACGUUGUAUUACUGAGAACUUCUUAAGUCUUAACUGUUAAGUGUUCAUUCUGCUUAAAUGCGGAAGAAGCGUCAGAAUGUGUGUGUGCAUGUGUUUUCACCUACCUGGUUAAAAUUUGUUCUGCUAUACUUCUGGCAUGACUAAGGGCUCAUCCACACUUUGAACUGCUGCUUCCCCCCAAGAAAACCUGUGGUUUAGUGCUGAGUCAGAACAGACGAGUUUUCUGCAGAUUGCCAUUGGUUCCAAUGUAGCACUAAAGACUGAGUUUGCCAUGGGAAAGGAGCAGGGCUAAGGCAAAAAGGCUUGGACCCUUGGCUAGAAGGCACAAGACAGGCAGAAAACUCUUUGGCUCCAUGCUUUCACGGGACAAACGGAUCUGUGAAUGAGCGCUAAGAGGGAUCUAGAAAGAUGGUUCUAGCAGUGACCACAAAGGGUACUCUUAUGAGCGAGCGGCUUUCAGCAAAUUGCCAUCAUUUCGAUUGAAUUUAUUCCCAGCCUUUAUAGGAGGGAAGUGGCCUGAACUGGUAUUUAAUUUUCUGUUUUUAUUUGCAGUUGUCAUUCACCAUGACAGUUGAAGAUGCAAUUAACAAAAGUUUAUGAGCAUUGAACAUGUACAGUGUUAAAGUAUAAUUACUGACUGUAAAACUGGAGAAGCAGUGGAAUGAGACAACACGGGGGUUGUUCACACACAGUGCUAAACCGUGGUGUAGCACUACAUGAAUGAGACGUGGCAUACCUGAGCAAAGCAUAGAGUUCCCAUCCUUGCCCCUUUUCUCUCCUCCUUCUGAGUGGCUGGGAGGAAUGCUUCUGUCUAGUUCAGAUGUACUUUUAAAGAACCUUCAUUUACAGUUUUGACCGGGCCUCCUGGUUCAAAUGCGAAACUAAAGCUGAGAUUACUUUAAACUGAACAAAACUUGACAGUUGUCUCCCUCUUGGCUUUGCAGGAAGAGACGGGAGUGCAUGAGAAAAGUACAGUAUUUCUCCAGUGUUUCCCAACCUCACCUGGGACCUUUGCAUGCAGAGCAUAAGAUCCACCACUGAACUGAAGUCUUUUCUCUCAAAUUAUUAGGUGGGAGGAGUGUCUUGAGCAAACUUCAAGGGAAUAUGAAGCCCCCUCAUGCCAUGGCCUUUUCUAUCCCAGCUCAGAAUAAAGGAUAUGGGUCACCUAUCAAUUUAUCAGCAAGCAUCUCUCGUGCUGGCUAUCCUGGACCCAGGUGGAAUUAGCACCCCGUCUCAGUCACAAAAAUUUAGACGACCUUGUAAGGUUAAUCUAUGAUGUGCUCAGAGCACUGGCAGCAUCUAAGCACUGCUAGCCACUAUAUUUCUGCACUUUGAAUAGCAGGCAUGAAUCAUUUCUCGUUUUGCUUCAUUCUGUAUGUUGCAGUUGACCAGAGAGUUUUUUACAAAGGAACUCAAGAAGCACUAUCAAGGCAACAAUGACUCCGACGUCUUCUCUUCCACCUGGAACUCGGUCAUGAUCACAGUGAGUAGUAGCUUGCCUAGUGCAUCACUGCAGAUGGACCCUGAGCCCUAAUGAAUGAUCACUAGUCACCUUUAAGUAGCCUUACAAAGCCUAGACAGAUAUGUAUGGUAUAUGAUACAAUGGCCAAGAGGUAAAAUGUAAUGACUCCCAUCCAUUUGUUGGGGAGAAAACGGAUGGCAGACAAAACGCCACCCCCAAUUUCUUCACAAACAGCUGGCUGGUAUUUCUGGUUUCUUUUACACACGUGCAGCUGCAUCAGCCUGGUGGAUUGUCUGCAAUCAAGCCUGAUUCCAUGCCCUAUCUCAGGGGUAAGGAACGUGGCUCUUGAGACAUCAUUGGGCUUCAACUCCCAUAAGACCCAGCCAGCAUGGCUAAUGGUCAGGGAUUAUGGGAACUGUAGUCCAGCAACAUCUGAAGGGCAACAGGAUGCCCACCCCUGCUCUUCCUGGAUCAUGGUGAAUGUGAAAUGCUUUUCUAAUAGUCCUCUGUAACUGAUGUGACAAUUGGUUGUGAUGGCUUUCAUUUUAGCAUUAUAUUAUUAAGAAGACAGGGAGACUAGCCAUAAUGCUUGUCCAUUAGUUCUGAAGAUAGUCAAAUAUUAAUCUCAUCCUUCCAUCAGUCAGGCACCGACAAUAUUUAAUUACUUAAAAUAAAAAUAAACCGAGAGUCCUUCUGUACAUUACAUUUGGCCGUGCCAAUGGAGCAUCAGCUACAGGAAGAUUUGGGCAGAUAGGCAGGCAGGAGAGGAUGUCUUAUUCUACUGGAUAAAUCACAUUGGCCAUUAUCCAUAAAACUAAUUACAACAACGAAAAACACUUUCAUUCUGUGUUAAGGCAGGCUUUGUAGUUUUCCUUUCUAUCUGUCUUAAACUCCCAGGGAAGCUGUUCCACUGUAUUAAAAGCAAUAUUGAGGUGUGUGUAUAUUCUAUGUCGAGGCAACCUACAUUCUGCACCAAGAAAGGCUGAAUUAUGCAGUAGAAACCAUGUGGAUUUUACAUGCACACGUUUGCUUAUUUUGCAGAAUUACUUUGUGUUGCUUAAUUAUGAGAAAGAGCAAAUAACUAUCCAGGGCACUAAAGACUGAGCACUGGAAACUCCCCUGAGCCAACUUUGAUCUUUGAAGAUUUCGCCAUAUGUUACACCCACAGUUUCCAGCUUGCCUUCGCAAUCCUAAUGGCUAGUCACAAGCUUUUUUUUAAAGGGUGGGUGGGGAGGAAAGAGGGAAAAAAUGAAGCAUGGAAAGCUUUGAGAGAAUCUAGAACUGUAUGUUGUUUGUAUGUCUGCAGAAGCCACACAGCCUGCCAUACUGAAUCCAUUUGAAUAUGGAUGGUUCCUAUGCAUCUUCUGUCAUUCAGGUUUCAUAUUAUUUUCAAUGGCUCUGUGAUGCCUCCUAUCCUGCAGAGAGACAGUAUCAACUAUUUAAUCACCUUUCCUGUCUGCUAGUUUGGCUGCUGUGGUGUCAAUGGUCCAGAAGAUUUUGAAACUGGCCCUCAUCUUCGUCCCCUGUAUUCACACGAUGCAAUUCCUGAAGCUUGUUGUCGACGGGAACUCCAAUCUCGUAAUGGAGCAUUCAUCAACAAAGAAGAGUGUCUCAGGGGUAAUGAUAUGUAUCAAAACCAACAGGUAAGGGCAACACAGAAAUGGGAUUUUAAACUAUUGGGUGGGGGGAAUGUACAGUAUGGCGUGUGCAAGCACCCAUCUUAAAGUCCCUUUAAAAAAAACUUAUUUGUGCCAAAACUGAUGUAGACUUUGCCCCUUUCUUUUUUGAUUAACACAGUGGAAUAAAAGUGUUCAAUGAUCUUUCAUGAUACUUUCCACAAUCCUUCAGUGUGAUUUACUGUUGCCCACAUUUUUCAGAUGAGGAACUGAGAUUGAGAGAUGGUAACUUUCCCAACACCACACAGUAUGCCUAUAGAACAGGAGAGAAAGUUGAACCCAAGGAUCUGUGACGGCUUUCACAAUUGCAAACCAUCCGCCAUACAGAAUUGAAACCUGUUUUGUGUUUCUUAUAACUGGCAGAAGUAGUGAAGGCAGUCCCCUGCCCAGCUCUUUUGGGCAGCAUAUUUGUUCCAAUAGUUGCAAGGAAUAUUCCCUUCUUUCUAGUGCCAUCUAGGCAAAAUCUCUGCUUCUCAAGUUCAGCAGAAGCAAAGAGGCUAAGUGAUCCAUGUAAUAAUGUACAAGGGGAGAGUGAGUAGUCCUGUGGGCAGGUGUGGUAUGUGUGGUGAACAAGAGAUUAUUUUGGAGUAAAGUGCCAAAACAUGAGGAAACAUGGGCAGGAAAUUGAGGGACCCAGAAUGGUUGAUACAGCGUGGCAACUUGCAGAUCCAAGAGUGAUGCCAUUGGCUUGAGGAUUCAGUAUUAUCAGCAUGUAAUUUUGGUGAGUUACCUACCCUGAUUUGAUGUUAUAAACUAUAUCCAAGGCAAGCUGGAGUAGAUGCAGGCAGAGCAAUCCAAACACAGUCUAGUGGGGCAGGUGUGUGGAUGGAAUAGAGAUAUAAUAAUAAUAAUAAUAAUAAUAAUAAUAAUAAUAAUAAUAAAUUUAUUUAUACCCUGCCCAUCUGGCUGAGUUUCCCCAGCCACUCUGGGCGGCUUCCAAUCAAGUGUUAAAAACAAUACAGCAUUAAAUAUUAAAAACUUCCCUAAACAGGGCUGCCUUCAGAUGUCUUUUAAAAAGAAGAUAGCUGCUUAUUUCCUUCACAUCUGGUGGGAGGGCGUUCCACAGGGCGGGCGCCGCUACCCAGAAGGCCCUCUGUCUGGUUCCCUGUAACCUCACUUCUCGCAAUGAGGGAACCGCCAGAAGGCCCUCGGUGCUGGAUCUCAGUGUUCGGGCUGAACGAUGCGGGUGGAGACGCUCCUUCAGGUAUACAGGACCGAGGCCAUUUAGGGCUUUAAAGGUCAGCACCAACACUUUGAAUUUUGCUCGGAAACGUACUGGGAGCAAAUGCAGAUCUCUCAGGACCGGUGUUAUGUGGUCCCGGCGGCCACUCCCAACUCUCAACUCUGGUGGCUAAAACAGCCUGCUGCCAAACAUACUGGGUGGGCAGGACGCCCACUGACAUUUCCCCCACCAGUGGUGGCCAGCGGUAAGUCCCUACACGUUCUGAGGGCAGGGAGAGUGUGGCGCUGAGUUGGACCUUAAGAUGUGGUCUCACAGCUGCCAUGCAUUGGGCCUGGCCUGAAGCUAAGAGCUGUGCCAGCCCAGAGCUGGCAAAGGGAUCAGGCCCUGCCAUCCUGCCUAUGUUUUGCUGUUGCUGCUGAGGCUGUGGAUACAGUGGUGGCCCAACCUCCGCAGAGCCCUGGUGGUGCACCCUUAAAAGGGAUAGAUUUUGCAAAAUGUUUGAAAACUUGAGAUCUUGCCAAGCCAGAGAGACGACGUGAACUUCUUCUAAAGGUGGCAGGUUUUGCGAUUUUCAUUGCCAUAGAAUGGAGAUGUUGCAGUUCCGCUUCAUCAACAACAACAUCAUCAUAAUUUAUUUCUACCCCACCCAUCUGGCUGGGUUUCCCCAGCCACUCUGGGCAGCUCCCAACAGAAUAUUAAAAACACAAUAAAACAUCAAACAUUAAAAACUUCCCUAAACAGGCUGCCUUCAGAUGUCUUCUAAAAGUCAAGAUGGUAGCACAUCAGAAAAAAUAUACUAGUUGACCUAGACUCAUUCAGUAUUGUAAAACUAAUUAAUGACGGUGUCUGGAAUUCAAGAACUUGCAUCUCCAGAGCUGGGUUGAAAAAGAAAAUUUAAGUCAGCUUGUUGAACUCUUUUCCUUUGCAACGUGAUAUGUUUGUUCAUCUGUUUACGUAUCUAUGCAUCCUGUAGAACAAAUGGGGUCUCUGUAGUUAUAUUUCUGUCAGCCUUGCUGUAACUCCUGGAUUAUGCUUAGCUGGUCAGCUUUUGUGUCCCUAUGGGCUAUGCUGUCAAAAUGAACUUUUAAUGGACGCUCCUUCUUCCAGGGAUGCUUGAAGAGGGACCUGUCAUUUCAUGUCUUACCAGGUCAUCAAAAACGACCCCUGAAACACUUUGACUAUGAGUUUGGUUCAUGGCAGUUUCUUUCUUCCUAGGGCUGCUACACUGUGAUACUUAACUCCUUUGAGACGUAUGUGUACCUUGCAGGAGCUCUUGCCAUUGGCGUAUUAGCCAUCGAGGUAUAGUGGAAGGUUUCAUUAUUACUUUUUAAUAGAAUUUGCAUACCUUUUAAUUGUAAAUUAAACCUCAAAGCAGUUUGAGUUGGUAUGCUAAACACCAUAAAUCAUGUGGUUUCCUUUUUGUAGCUUCCCACCACAUCUUUCUGUCUAAUUUAGUUGUAUAUUAUCUGUAGUAGUUUAAAAGUGGAAGAAUUUAUUUGAAGGGAGAAAAUAUAAUCAGACACUGCCCUCUGCUGUUGGGCAUAGUAUAAACAAUAGAUGCAUCAGACAUGACGAACUUGCUCAUUCUAAAUUCGCAUCUAAAAUGAAUUCAAGGGGUUUUAUUUAUCUGAAAUUGUAAAAUCAAAAUAGAUAUAUUUAAUUAUUAAUUUUGAAAUUAUUCAUAUGUUUGAUAGUAUGCCAGCAAAGAGGGCUUUUAAAUGUAUUUUUUUUAAAAAAAGCCAGUGAUAUUCAAUAGAACAUGCAAAGGAUAUUGACUGCUUGCAUAUACAGUGGUACCUCUGGUUACGUACUUAAUUCGUUCUGGAGGUCCAUUUUUAACCUGAAACUGUUCUUAACCUGAAGCACCACUUUAGCUAAUGGGGCCUCCUGCUGCCGCCGUCGCGCAAUUUCUGUUCUCAUCCUGAAGCAAAGUUCUUAACCCGAGGUACUAUUUCUGGGUUAGCAGAGUCUGUAACCUGAAGCGUAUGUAACCCAAGGUACCACUUGUAAUGCUAAAGCCAAGCUCCGUGGUUUGCUUUAAAUUCCAUAUUCCAAGCAAUGUGCUGACACGCACAACUUAAUAAUGAUGAUAAUAAUAAUAAUAAUAAUAAUAAUAAUAAUAAAUUUUAUUUAUAUCCCGCCCUCCCCAGCCAAAGCCAGGCUCAGGGCGGCUAACAACAAAUAAAUAAUCAAACAAUUAAAUAGUCCAACAUUCUAAAACAUUUCAUUAUAAAAAUUAAUUAAAAUCAAAUUAAUGGCAACCGUUGAGCAAAGUUCUGUGUAGGUUGCCGGAGGUGGGAGUCAGGCUGGGCCCUGACCAAAGGCCUGGUGGAACAACUCUGUCUUGCAGGCCUUGCGGAAAGAUGUCAGGUCCCGCAGGGCCCUAGUCUCUUGUGACAGAGCGUUCCACCAGAUUGGAGCCGCAGCCGAGAAAGCCCUGGCUCUAGUUGAGGCCAGCCUAACCUCUCUGAGGCCUGGGACCUUCAGGAUGUUUUUAUUUGCAGACCGUAGGUUCCUCUGUGGGGCAUACCAGGAGAGGCGGUCCCGUAGGUACGAGGGUCCUAGGCCGUAUAGGGCUUUAAAGGUUAAAACCAGCACCUUAAACCUUAAACCUUAAAAUAAUAAUAAUAUUUAUAUGCCGCCCAUCUGGCUGGGUUUCCAUAGCCACUCUGGGUGGCUUACAGUUUGAAUAAUCUCACUUCAUUCCUCAUUGGGAAGUAAACCACAGAGGGGCUGAAUUAGCAUUGCAACCAAGCUAAUGUUCCAUGGUUUGUUUCUCCUAAACAGACUAUGGAGCAUUACUUUGGUCUGUUUCUCCCAAACAAACCAUGGUUGGGAAGUCAAUAACAAACCUAGUUUGUUCAUGAUUCGUUUUCAGGCAGAGAAAUCACAUGCAUAGCUUCAGAUGCAACACUAACCCAACCAUUGCAUAGCUUGACCCUUUUUCCAGCUAGGGUAGCAGAGUAGGUGCACUUAAACUGCAAGUGCACAUUAGUUCAAAAAACCCUACAGCUUGGCUUAAUGUUACACAUGUACACAUCUGUGCUGUGUUCAGAAUUCCCCAGUUAGGGGGCUCUUUGGGGGCAUAUUUGACUUUGUGCCCUUCAUGCUUGUUUUGUGCUGUGCUUGCUUUGAGAGCUGGACCACAGCUGAGUCUGGUCAAGUCUUUCUAUUUUAAUGGGCUGUUUUGUCUCAUUUCUAACUUCUUCUCAGCUGUUUGCCAUGAUCUUUGCCAUGUGCCUCUUUCGGGGGAUCCAAUAG